GAGCAAGAAAGACAGAGAGAGAGAGAGACAGAAGGAGAUUUGGGUCCAAACUUUUUGCGCACACGCGGGGUCUGAAUUAAAUUGAACCUCCCUGGCUGAUCCUUCUCAGCGGAAAAGAAAUAAGAAGAUAAAUGGAAAGUCUGGCUGGAUGUGACUCAUGUGAAUUAUGCGCCCUGCAGUGAUUUACUGACAGGGAGUGUGGUCCUCUGCGCUGCGGUUAAUGUAGGAUUGAGCCUGGAAACCAUAGGAUCUGCCAUACAUUUGACUCCAGUGGGAGGAAUUCAGAGCUUUUGUGAUGGAUAUCCACAUGUUAACAUGGAUGAUGAUGGUUUGCUCGCUCCUGCGCCCCUCUGCUCUCCAAAACCCCGCACCUGAAGUGCUGAACUGCUGCGAGGGUGACGUUCUCUUUUUGGUGGAUUCCUCAGGGAGCGUGCCCUCCUACGAUCACGCCCGUAUGCUCUCCUUCUUGUCUGACCUACUGCGUCCCUUUUCUCUGGACCCCGAUCAAGUGAGGGUAGGACUGCUGCAGGUGGGUACCAAGCCUAGACUGGAGUUUGGCUUUGAUAGAUACAGCACCCAAGGUGACCUACAGAGGGCUUUGAAAAACAUUAUCCCCCUAAGGGGGGACACCAACACUGUGGAAGCUCUCAGACUGGCUAAGGAGACAGUGUUGCGACCGGGAACGGCUGGUGGAGCUCGGGAAGGACUACCAAGAGUGCUGGUCUGGUUGACUGAUGGGGUGACACCAGGAGAUGUAUCUGGACCUUUGGCUGAGCUGCGGGAGGAGGGCGUGGCAGUGCUGGCAGUUUCCACGGGCCACAGUAAUUAUAAUUUGCUGAGAGAAGUGGUGAGUCCACCUUUGGAAGACCAUCUGCACUUUGUGGACGUUGACGACAUGAGCAUCAUUACGGAGGACCUUCGUAACGCAAUUAUUGAGAUCAUCAAAGCUGAGCGGCUUCAGGUCCGAGACAUAUCCACCAACUCUGCCUCUGUGCAUUGGAGACCAGUUCUGGCUGGUCUCCGGGGUCACUACGAGAUUCGUUAUGGCCAGGUUCUAAGUGGAGGUGGCGGCAGCGGCAGUGGAACUGGGACCAGUCCGAGCACUGGUGGAAGUCAGUACCAGAGACUGAUUCAGUCUGCGGACUUGAACAACAUCAGACUUACUGGUCUAAAGCCAGAAACCACCUAUUCAGUCCAACUGAUUCCAGAGUCCAACGAACUAACAUUCAACAAACUCUCUACCACCUUCACAACAAAACCAGAGGUUGUGAGUCCAGCUUUUGUGUCGGUCUCUGACUCUAGCCACAACAGUGUGAGGGUGAGCUGGGGUCCUCUUCAGCCAGAGACUGUCACCAGUUACUACAUUGAGUAUUCUGCCCUGCCCAGGGGCGUUCUCCAGACCCUCACUGUGGACCGAACACAAAACUCCACUCUGCUUAGGAAGCUGCUGCCGGACACAACCUACCUGGUUACAGUUACCGCCCGGCAUGCCUCGGGAAAGGAGAAGUCCAUGUCUGUAAAAGUUUGUAGUCAAGAAGUGACUCCAGCCCUGGCUGACCUCCAGCUGACAACAGUGGGAAGCGAUUCAGUGCAGGUUGACUGGAAGAGCAGCACAGAUGGUUUGAGGGGAUACUGGGUGACCUGGGAGGCGCAGCAAAGCUCCCUUCAAGCCCAACGCUCCACCUUCUACCUUCCAGCUGAUUCUCUGUCCACGCGACUCACGCACCUCCCCCCUUCUGCAAGAGUGUGUGUGUCACCCAUUUACCGAACGGCGAGGGGGGAUGGAUUGUGUUGCACGGCGCAGUUUCAUUCAGAUGCACUGGGAUAUGGCUUCCAGACAUAGCAGCCUUGGACUGCACAUGCACCUUACCAAACAAGGAGGGAGGAUAAAGAGAAGGAAUGCUGACUUCUAUCCAUAAUUCUUUUGCAUGCCUCUCCCCCUCCAUGGACAUUAUCCAGAAGAGAUGUGGUUUGGCUCACAGUGUGCUCAUGUGGAAGUGACAGACACUUCAGAGCGGUGUGGGAAAAACCUGGCUCACGUACUGAUCGCUAAAAUCUAACACAAACAAGUAUUAUGAGAUAUUUACUGUCUAAUCUGUUUUUCACCUGUAGCUAAACUGAAAUUCUUCCAUCCAGCGAUCCGAGCUUGCAGUAUUUUAGCGGCCUGUUUUGCAGAGUCAAAACAUGGUUGGCUUGGAAAGCUGAUGAUAUUUCUGGGUUGUUUUGAAGAAGCACUUUGCAACAUAUGCACACCAUGUGUUCAAAUCUGCAUUUCUUCUAUUACUCUAAAACUGAGGGAACAUCUGAUACACAUUUGCUAUAAAUAAUGUUGCAAACUUUUACUUAAAUCCUUUAAUUUUAAAACAUGCUUUAAAUCUCUUAUUGAAUGCUUGUGCUCAGGGGUGUGCAGCAGGGUUACAUUAUAAAGAGGUUCUGGAUAGCAGGAUCUUUAGCGUUGCUUGGAGCUUUAAACAAAUCAGUCACACCACGUGCAGAAAAACUGGUGGGACGCUGUAUAUGAACCAGAUGUGCCUAACUAAAAGUCACACUGACUCGGUGCCUAGAUAUUGGUCUGUAUUCCAUAUUUAUUUGUUUAAAAACCUCAUAAAAAACAACUUACUUUGAGUUUCUGCAGAUCUAAAGUUUAUGUUCUUUAACUGUUACUGUUUUACUGUUUGCCUGUGUUUGCUGCCCCCUACUGUAAAGUUGUGUACCGGAUUACUGCAGAUAUUUCAAUGCCAACUUUUAUAUUUGUUGUCCUUCAUUUGUAAUGCCAUACAGGGUUUCAAUAAAAUUACUUAUUAUGUGUGUUUAAA